AUGAACCACCCCUACUAAAUGCAAUCUCUUAUGUCCUUACCUUACCCAAAUUAGAAUAUGUGUUUUUAUAUAAAUAAUAAUUCGAAGCUAAUAACUCCACAAAAUAGCUUCUAAUCAGCAAUGCCGAAUAACAUUUGCUCUUAAGCAAAUUAAAUCAACAUUCAAGCUUUAAAUAAGCUUUAAUACCAUCCUAUUUUUUCAUAGUAAAAUUACUAGCCAAUUCCCCAACAAGUAAUAUAUAGCAACAUUGAAUUGGAUAACUAGUAAAACUAAGAACUUCCUAUUACAUAUCAAUAAUAAAAUUAUAGAUUUGGUUCCUUCAAGUAAAAUUUAUAACCUGAUUCUUCUUAUUAAUAUGAAGCAUUUUAAAUGAAAUCAAGAAAAUAACCAGCUCAAACAGAGCAUCAAUCUGAAAACAGCGUAUCAAGGAAAAAAAAGUUUUCUCAUUCAAGCGAAUAGGUAAAAUAUAGUAAUAACCAUAGUUGCUUGAUAUCUGAAAGCUAGAUUGGAGAUAUUACUUGCCAAUCACCAUCUUAAAAAUCUAUAAAAAUUAGCAAACCUGAUAAUGAAAUUACUUGUAAUUCUGAAAAAAAAUUUAAAUAAAAAGGAAAUUGCUCAUCGUUUUAAACAUAAAAGCAAGAGUAUAAUUCAGAAGAAAAUGAACAAACUAAUUAUAUUUAAAAUAACAGAGAGAUUAGUAUAAAUAACGAAUAUGAUAAUUAAAUAAAAAAUUAAUAAAAGUCAUAAUAAAAUACCAAUACAAUUAAAAGGAAAUAGAUACAAAAUAGUAAGAAUUAAAAGCAGUAGGUGUAGUUUGAAAAUUUAAAUUCAACUAAAAAUAAUAGUUAAUCAAAGAAAGACAACUUGUUUUAAACAAAGAAUGAAUUUGAAUUACCCAUCAAUUAAAAUUGCAUAGAAUCAUAAUUUAUGACUCAAAUAUAGCAAGAUAAUAGCUAUUUAAAAGGAAAACAGGAUAAUCGUAAGAAUGGCAAAGCAAACAAAAAGAGAAUCCAAAAACAUUUUUAAGAUAUCCAUAGUGAUAACUAAACUAGCUCGAAGGACAAAUUAGAUUUAAUCAAUUCUUAGCCAUCUAUUUUUUAAGCAAAACUCGAAGAAUAAGAAAAUCAAAAUAGCCAGCUCGAAUCUAUAAAUAACUUUUCAGUACAAAGUUAAAAUUUUUCUUGUAAAUUUUAAAGUUAAUUAAAUAACCACCAAAUUAGCAACAAUAGUGAAAAUGCUUAAAAUAUAGUUAAUACACCCAGCGCCAGCGCGGACUGUAAACUUGACUUUACUUGUAGAAUGAAUGAAUUUACUGAAACCGACUCUGAGCAGUAAAAGUAAUAUUCAAGCUCUUAAGAACCACAACUAACUAAAAAGUACUGUAAAAUUAGAUUUUUAUCUGAUUCAUCACCAGAUGAUAAAAAAGAUAUGAUAAAGAUUAAUAAAUAGUCCGAGGUAAUUAUCAUCUGUUCAGUGAGGCCUAAAGAUAAAAUAAAGAAAAGCAAAUAGGAUUACUACAAUGAUUCAAAUUACACAAAGAACCUCCUUAAGGGGUUCCGUCGUUACAUGAAGCGCUUUACCGCAGACCAACUCAUUUUUUAGCAAUUUUAAAUAUAUUUCACAAAUAAUUAACUUAAUAAUGAGUUUAUUUUAAAACUCUUUAGUGACAAUGAGUAUUCAAGCUAUUUUAAUAAAUUCUUAUCUCAGCCACCUCACUGGUGGAUCUAAGAAGCAAAAAUCAAAGAUGUUGAAAAAUAAAUUAAUUUUUUCAAUCUAUGUAAAUAAAAGAAGAUAAACCAUAUAAAAACUAAGCGUAAAAGCUUCGAAAGACCUUAAAUAUAUUUUAUGUGA